AUGGGACGGCAAUCCAGCCGGAUUCCGGGCAUUCAAACGCGAGAUGGGGUGGUGGCAGGUAUUCUUGGACAUUGGGUCAGACAUGGUUGGACAGGUGUUGUUCGCGCAAGGCUGCAGAAUGACAUUGCUGAGCAGCUUUACAGUGCCUUCAAGCAAGGCAAAGGACAACGCGACAACAUCAUCGCUCUCGAAGGUGAAGAUGCCAGCCUCGGCAUGGGUAAGUAUUUGUUUGAAGAGCGCAAUGGACAAGAACUUGGCACUUCAUAUGGAGCUCUUUCUGUCUCCGGAGAAGAUGGUGGGCAAACUAAUCUCACCAUGUGGUUCAAGCGUGAGGCUUACCACGCUGUUCCUGCCAUGGUGAACCUUUGGAACAAUGCUCGCAUGCAACUCCUUGGCAUUUUCCACCAACUUGUCAGGUGUCCAGUCACCCUUUGCCGAAGACCCAACAGCUGGUCCAGGAAGAAAUGUCUGGAGGAAGCCAGGUGCUGA